GGGUUGUGGUCAUUAAUGAAAACCUUUGGCGUCAAUUGAGCGAGUGUUUAUGUUUGAAUCAGCGAAUGUGUAGUGUUUAUUUCUGCAAGUAGUAAUGCUGAAGCGUUAUUUGCUGUGGUUUGCCAAUGAACAUAUUGAGUUUAGAAUACCGGUACGUGUUUUGUAGUAGCAGUGAGAAAGUACAGGAAAUUGAAUCCAUCUCUUCACUGUUCAGCAUACAGCUCAACUGGGUUGAGAAACAUACUUACCAUCCAUACUGCAUAAUUGAUUUGCAUGAUGAAGAGGCAGCUCUUCAAAUAGCUUCGAGAUCUGUGGCUCUCAGAUGGUGUUUGGAAUUGUGGGCACGUGCUAAGACAGAUGAAGAGCUGCACAGGAAUCUGAAGUCAUAUCCACAUGAAAGGAUGAAACCAUUUCUCCAAGAUAACCUCUCAUUCAAGAUCAAAGUGGAAACCUUCUGCAAUAGUCAAACUCAGGAAGAAAAAGUCUCUAAAAUUGAGUCAUUCAGUUACUUACCAUUAAAGGGUCCUGUCAGAUUGAAGAAUCCUGAUGUUGUGUUGCAGUAUAUUGAAUACUAUGGACAGGAUUCUAACAGAAUUCCUGAAAAGCCAUAUGACCUUUUCUUUGGACGCUGGAUUGCUGAUGGCCAGAGAGAUCUCAUUACUAAGCUUUCUCUUAAAACUAGAAAGUUUAUUGGUAACACUAGCAUGGAUCCUCAAUUAUCUUUACUUAUGGCAAAUCAAGCUCGUGUACAAGAAGCAGAUCUGGUGCUUGACCCUUUUGUGGGAUCAGGAUCACUUCUAGUUGCUGCUGCACAGUUCGGAGGCUAUGUUCUUGGAACAGAUAUAGAUUAUUUAAUGUUGCAUGGAAAGACCCGACCCACAAGAAUACAAAAGAAGAAAAAGAGAGAUGAAGAUGAAAGUAUACGCACCAAUCUGAAACAGUAUGGAAGAAGCAGCCAGUACAUAGAUGUAAUUGUUGCUGAUUCUUCUCUUCCUGUAUGGCAUCCUGACUUCAAAGUGGAUGCAAUUGUUACUGACCCUCCUUAUGGAAUUCGCGAAGCCACGGAACGCAUAGGUUCAACUAAGAGUUACCAAAUUAGUGAGGAGCAUUUACAGAGCCACAUCCCAUCUAAAGUUGUGUAUGGACUACAGCAAAUUUACUGUGACCUUCUGAACUUUGCUGCAAACCACCUUGUUAUAGAAGGCAGAUUAGUGUGUUGGAUUCCAGUAGUCAGAAGUGAAUACUCUGAAGAAAAAUUGCCAACACAUCCUCAACUUGAAUUAAUUGCUAAUUCUGAACAAAUACUGAGUGUGUAUACGAGCAGAAGGCUAUUAACAUUUAAGAAAGUAGCAGAGAAAGUAGACCAAGUUGGGCAACCUGACUGCGAAGCUCUGACAGCCGAAUUUCGUGAAAAAUUCUUUCGUUUUGGUGAAGAAGUUAGGAAAUAUCGCAAGCUACAUAAAAAUGAGAUGAAAACGGUUGUCAGCAGGAAUGAACCAACGAGGGAGAAAGAAGACCAGUGAGUAGUGUCAGAGGAAUGUUGGAAGUAUGUGGAAGGAAACAAGAACUGCAAAUGGAAGUAAUAAGUGCUCUGAAUGUGGAACACAAAAAUACGCUGGUGUUCCUACUAUUUGAUGUGAAUAAUGUGCAGCAUUGUACCUGUUGAAUCUUUGCUUGUAGUGAUAAGAAAAGGUGUGUGUGUGUGUGUGUGUGUGUGUGUGUGUGUGUGUGUGUGUGUGUGUGUGUGUGUGUGUCAAGAUUUUACUUGUGUUGUGUAUAUUUAUUAAUUGCUCCUGAAUUUAUUUCUGCCCAAAACACAAUUUUAAGCAUUCACAUUCCAUCUUGUGUACAGUUCCUACUUCUUUUAUCAAUCCAACCAUGUACAACUCUUAAAAUUUUAUUGGGACCAAAUACAUUUCCUGUUUUAG